AGAGCAUUUCCGGAGCUUCAAACCCUAGGGGUCAACUUCGGUACCUGAACUCUCCUCUUCUUGCAUAGCUAAUCACCCCAUCUCAUUACCAAGGUUUACGGAGAAUGGGGACUUUGAUCCACCGAAGUAUGAUGUUUCUUACGGACAAGGAGUGCUUCGAUUCGCAUUUUCGGAACCCUAGAGGUUGCUGUGAAGGAUGGCCCAUGGAUUUCAGCAUGAAGGCAGUUCCCUUCCCUGAAUCCAGAACCCAAAUAAGAAGAUAUAGAACAAGGCUACCCUUGGCCUUAGACACCGGAGGCGGCGGCGGCUCCCUCGGCGCAGAUCCUCAGGGCGACUUCAACGGCGGAAAUGCCGGGCUCGGCAGGACGAGACUAGGAGAAAUAGUGAGCGCUGGGGCUCGAGAAAUUCUCGAGAAGCUAAAUUCCGCUCGAAAGAACUUCCCGACGAAAAUUUUUCUGCUGCUGCUGGGUUUCUACACCGCCAAUGCCUUGGCAACAAUUUUAGGGCAAACAGGAGAUUGGGAUGUUCUUGUUGCAGGAAUAGUGGUGGCUUCCAUAGAGGCUAUUGGGAUGCUUAUGUACAGAAAGCCUUCAAGAAUGGGGAUGGGGAGGUUGAAGGCCAUGAUAGUUUUUGUAAAUUAUUGGAAAGCUGGGGUUUGUUUGGGACUUUUUGUUGAUGCUUUUAAACUUGGAAGCUGAAAUUUUGAUUUUUGUUUUGGAUUUUAUGAGAAAUGGCUUCUAUUUAAUUGAAAUUAGUGGAUUGAUGUAGGUUUUAAUGGGGUUUUGUUGAGGAUUUUUUAUUGGCAUAAAAUUUUAAUAUUUAUAUGGAGGAAGAUUUACUUGAGUACC